AUGCUCAAGAUUCAACAAGAAAGACAGUCCGAGCGACAAAAAACCGUCCAAGUCGUUUUCCUAUGUCAAAAUGGAGGGAACGUAAUAGGCAUCUAUGAGGUUUUCCUUAGCCCACCCCCAUUCGCAGCCGUAUUCGCGUCCGUCCGAGACACCAAUGACUCGCUACUCGCCAAAUACGCAGGCUCGCCGCCGCUUGGUUGUAGAGACCGCGGAUGUGCGCCAGGUCCAAACACAAAUCAUCGUAUCAACGCAGGACCUCUCCUUUUCUCAUGCGCAGAGGAAGAGCACACAUUCCCACUGGCCUCGCGUCGACGUGCCGAAGACAUCAUGGUCGCUCGCAAAUCCACAUAUUAUUUCCAGGUGUUUUCAGGCGUCCAACAUGGGUUUGUUGUACGGGGUGAUCCUGCUAUUGACACGCAACGCUGGGCGAAGGAGGAGAGCGCUAGGGGAAUCGUUGGUUACGAUGCUUCCUCCCACAUCUCCCUCGUUGCCCGCCACCUUUCUCGUUGCAUCCCGCCCCGUCCGAUCAUCAACUAUGUCAUUCCCGCCGUCCACCUGAUGUUGUGGUUCUCAUGCAUGAUAAUACUGUUACUGUAG